AUGCAUUUGUCAAUGGAUACGCUCGGAAUUGUGGACGAUAGUUGCCUGGACAACUAUGACAUGGCCAAAGGUGCUGGAUCAAGCAAUGGUGGCAGGGUCCACAGUAUUGAUGUCAUACUGGGAUUCACUAAAGACCAGGACCCUUUACUCCAUUCUGUAGGUGAUGAUGACGGCCAAAAAGCCAAUGGGGAAAACCCACAGCAUCCUCAGAAGCAGAUCCCGUCGGACCCCUAUAGGCACCUUUCAGAAUUGGGUGACAGCUCCCAAAACUCUUCCUACCAUGAAUCAGAACUUUUCUCCGCUGACAAAUGUGAUGAAGAAAUGAGCAGUCUGCAGAAGGAAGUGGAUGUUGCUGAAGGGUCUCCAGAGGCCUUUACAGAGGAAGAGCGCACUAAAAAGAAACACAGAAGAAACCGUACUACCUUCACCACCUAUCAGCUUCAUGAGCUGGAGCGAGCAUUCGAGAAGUCCCACUACCCAGACGUCUAUAGUCGGGAGGAGUUGGCAAUGAAGGUUAACUUGCCAGAGGUUCGAGUUCAGGUGUGGUUCCAAAACCGGAGAGCCAAGUGGAGACGACAAGAAAAGAUGGAUACUAGCACCAUGAAGCUUCACGACUCACCCAUGCUAUCCUUCAAUCGUCCUCCGAUGCCUCCCAGUGUGGGGCCAAUGUCCAACCCGAUGCCCCUAGAUCCCUGGCUGACCUCACCCAUGUCCAGUGCCACACCCAUGCAUACCAUCCCAGGGUUCAUGGGUUCACCGCAGGGCCUGCAGCAGGCCUAUUCAAGUCACAGCUUCCUCAACACCCCACCUGGUAUGGUCCAAGGUAUGCAGCCAAUGGGCCCUCCCCCCUACCAGUGCCCGCCCAGCUUCAACGAUAAAUACCCGAUGGAGGACGAAAGGAGUUCCAGCAUCGCAGCACUCAGGAUGAAGGCCAAAGAGCACCUUCAGUCAAUGGAUAAAACCUGGCAGCACAUGUGA